UUUAAGCUCCGCCCUUGGCGUCCAGCAACACAAGCACACAGUGGACGCGAACAAACCGAGCGCACAUCCAAGCUAACAACAAGCAAGCAGGCGCGACCAUGGCCCUCCACAGGACCACUAUAACCAACCAAAUGGAUUACAACCGGGAGUCCAAAGAAGGGAAACCGUCGACAGACGAGCGUCUGGAUAGUGGCGUCGACUCGCUUAAAGAGGAGGACUACCAGGCGGUAGCAGAAGAGCUAUGGCGCCUGCAGCUCGAGUGUCAGCCGUCGCAAAACAAGCAACUUCCAGCUUGUGCCACCGCCGAGAUACAAGAAUGGAAAACACAAAUCACCGAGGACGGAGACACGCUACUGCACUUGGCUAUUAUUCACGAGGCAACGGACUACAUCAACAUGAUGAUCGAGCUCUCCAAGAACACAGACUUCCUCGACGUCCAAAAUGACCAGCGACAGACGGCUCUUCAUUUAGCAGUCAUAACAAACCAAUCAGAUGUGUGCCAGCGCCUUUUGGCCGCUGGCUGCGACCCCACGCUGGUGGACGACAGCGGGGACAUGCCCGUCCACAUCGCAUGUCGACAUGGCAACCUGCUGUGCUUCAGUGUCCUGACACAGUUUUGUCGUCCGGAGCAUCUCCAAACGAUGACGUCGGCAUGCAACUACCAAGGUCAGAACUGCCUCCACUUGGCCUCAGUUUACGGUUUCCUCUCGCUGGUGGAGAAUCUUGUGGAUCUAGGAGCUGACGUUAACUCAAAGGAGCAGCGCAACGGCCGCAGUGGGCUGCACCUGGCCGUCGACCAGCAGAAUCUGUCGUUGGUCAAACUGUUGCUGAAAAAGGGAGCUGACCCCAAUCUCUUGACAUUCGGAGGCCACACCCCCUUCCACCUAACCCACGGUCGCGCCGACGACGAGAUCAAAAAGGAACUGUUUGCAUUGACUCGUCCCGACUUGAGGGAACUGCCUGACAGCGAAACGGAUGACAGCGAGGAUGAGGAGGAUGGGCAGUGGGACGAGGAGGUGGGUUAUGAUGACAUCCAGUGGAACGGCCACUAGCAGGAGGAGAUGAAAUGUGACCCAGAGGAUGAAGUUAAGAGAAAAGGACUUGCCAUGUCUAUCGCCUGGCUCUUGGCGUGGCUGAAGCCACACAGAUGGGAAAGGAGGUCUUGUGACCCAAACGGUGGUCAGCGAAGAGAGCGAGAGAAGCUAACGGGCAGCUGUCGAAGCUUAUCAAACAGACUGGCAGGCGAAUCAACCUGCAGCACUGCGGGAACGUACCAUGUGAGCAUGCGGCUUGCUUUUUUAUGGCUUGCCAAUCAUUCACAAACGCAUCCAUCCACAUAAGCAGCUCUCUUGUAUGAUAUUGUAAAUCCUGUGUAUACAAAGAUGUAUUUUCUAUGGAAGCUGUGUCUGUGUACAGUAGAAAAGGUUGUAAAUGUUUGACAGCGACACUCCAUUUAAAUUAAAAUGCUCAAAUUUAACCGAGAAAAACAAAACUGUGUUUGUGGCUCCGGAGAAUAAAGGCAACACUAUAAUGCAACGGAAUACAACCAAAGCAGCAGUAAUAGAGGAAAUGACAUUUAGCUGGAAGUUUUCUUGACCUGAAUAAUGUCAGGUGCGUUUUUGUGCUUCAUUAUUGCAUAAGAUAUGUGAAGGCCGACUAGGAAUGAGGAACUUGCCACACUUGUACAAGAUGCUCGGGGAAUUUUGUCUGCAGAAUGAGGCCACAUCAGCCAGGAAGCUUUGGGGUAUGUGUGGGCCAACAGGAAAUUCCCCAGAGCACUCUGCUGUACAUCACAUUCCGUCCUCUCUUGCACCAAAGAAGGGAAUCUCUGCCCAACAGGCUGUUUCAGUCAAGAUAAGGAAAUGGAGUUUCAACAGUUUCACUUCAACAGAGUGACGUAAUUUCACAUCUGAUAGCAAUCUGUAUACUGCGCUGUUUCAUUAAGUCAGGUGUGUCCUCAACACACCUGAUUCAAAUGAUCAGGUUAGUCAUCUUGCUUCUUUACAGCUUGCUCAUCCUUUGAAUAACAUGUUUCACCAGGGCGGGAUGGGAAAACAGGCAGGGCGUCAGCCUUUGAGAACCGAGUUUAGACACCCCUGCAUUCAGUGGUACUCGUCAUCUUUUUAUAUCUAAACUCCAUUUUUAUUUUAAGAAAGACAACAAUUUAUCCAUCCAUUUUCUAUACCCGUAUUCUCAUUCAAUAGGAAAUGAUGUUCAAUACCCGUUUUAAAUAUGUCAUGAUAGUUUUAGGAGAAAUAUCGCUCGUAGUCUUACAUAUUAAAACAAAGAAGCAUUGGUUAUUGUGCAUGUAAUGUUUUGGAACACUUUUAACAUCCAAAAACGUUUAAAUCAAUUUAACCCUUUCAGGGACGGUGGUCAUGACAGUGGACAGCUCAUCAUGUUAUCAGGUUACAGGUUGCAUGAAAAGGGUUAAAUAAUAUCAUCAUCAGUAUUCUUACCUGAGCAAAGUUUGCAUAGAACAAAGAUAAAACUAUUAUAAAUGUUUUGUCCAGGGAAACCAAGACGAGUAUGUAUGAAACAA